UUCAAGUCGAGGGUCGCGCAUUCAUAUUUCAGUUUGUAGCGAACACCGAGUGUAACGGCGCGGUAUUAAAUUGCUCACCAAUUUGAUUUUUUGCCUGAUCCAUCAUGCCUAAUUACCACAAACCGGAAGCCAAAGUCGUUCAAGAACUUAGAGACAUUGCCAAUAAGAUUAGAAUUCACUCGGUGACAUCCACACAAGCCGCUAAAUCCGGUCAUCCUACAUCAUGCGCUUCCAUCGCCGAAAUAUUAUCAGUAUUAUUUUUCCAUACAAUGCGCUACAAAGUAUCAGCACCAAAAGAUGCAUCCAGUGACAGAUUUGUUCUGUCAAAAGGUCACGCCGCUCCUGCCCUUUAUGCUGCAUGGGCUGAAGCUGGUUUGUUUCCAGUAACGGAUUUGCAGAAUUUAAGGAAAAUCGACUCUGACCUGGAAGGUCAUCCUACGCCAAGACUGAACUUUAUUGAUGUGGCUACUGGUUCUUUAGGGCAAGGAUUGUCCAUGGCCGGUGGUAUGGCUUAUGUUGGAAAGAAUUAUGACAAAGCGAACUACAGGGUAUAUUGUCUAGUCGGUGAUGGUGAGAGCGCAGAAGGUUCCUUUUGGGAAUCAGUUCAUUUUGCAAGCUACUAUAAGCUUGACAACCUUUGCCUCAUAUUGGAUGUCAACCGUCUUGGACAAUCACAAGAAACUUCCAUGGGCCAUGAUUUCGAAAACUAUAGAAAGAGGCUAGAAGCAUUUGGAAUGCAAGCUAUCAUCGUUGAUGGUCACGAUGUAGAAGAUUUGGUAAAGGCUUUCCACACAGCUGCUAGUACUAAAGGCAGACCAACUGCUAUUGUCGCUAAGACCUUUAAGGGUAAAAACUUCCCCGAGAUUGAAAACUUGGAAAAUUGGCAUGGCAAAGCUUUGGGUGGCGAAACUGAUAGGGUUAUUGAACAUCUGAAAAAAUUAAUCACCAAUCCAGGUCCCCUACAAAUUCAUCCACAUAAACCUCUCAAAGAUGAUGCUCCUGUUGUUGAUAUUAGCAACAUUAAACUCAGCUCUCCGCCCAACUACAAAUUAGGUGACAAUAUUGCCACAAGGGUAGCUUAUGGUACUGCUUUGGUCAAAAUCGCUAAAAACAAUUCAAGAGUAAUCGCUUUGGACGGUGAUAUGAAAAAUUCAACAUUUUCCGAAAAUCUUUUGAAAGUGGACCCGGCAAGGUACAUUGAAUGUUUUAUAGCCGAACAAAGUUUGGUUGGCACUGCAAUUGGAGCAGCUUGCAGAGAUAGGACCGUGCCAUUUGUCUCAACUUUUGCGUGUUUCUUAACUAGAGCAUUUGAUCAGAUUAGAAUGGGAGCAAUUUCCCAAACAAAUGUGAACUUUGUCGGUUCCCAUUGCGGUGUCAGUAUCGGCGAAGAUGGUCCCAGCCAAAUGGGUCUAGAAGACUUAGCCAUGUUUAGAGCAGUAAAUGGAAGUACCAUAUUUUAUCCCGCUGAUGCUGUUUCAACUGAAAGAGCUAUUGAACUCGCUGCUAACACUAAAGGCAUUACAUUCACUAGAGUGAAUAGACCUACAACUUCUGUAGUCUAUCCCAAUGAUUUCGUUUUUGCUGUUGGCAAAGCUAAUGUACUGGUUUCAUCCCCUGAAGAUCAAGUUGUAUUGAUUGGGGCAGGAAUAACUCUUCAAGAAUCCAUAACCGCAGCUAAAGAGCUUGCCAAAGCUGGAAUUCAUGCCAGAGUCAUUGAUCCAUUUACUGUGAAACCACUGGAUACAGAAACGAUCAUUAAAAACAUCAAAGAAGCCGGUGGACGUGCAGUAGUUACUGAAGACCACUACUACGAAGGUGGUCUAGGAGAUGCCGUGUUUUCUGCUACUGCUUUGGAAAGAAACAUUGUUGUCAAGCACUUGGCCAUUGGAAAGUUGCCAAGGUCAGGGCCUUCAGAUGUUCUUCUGGACCUUUAUGGCAUUUCGGCCAAACACAUUGCUUUGGCAGCUCAGGAAGUGUUGAAAUUAUGAAAUUUUUCCUAUAUUUUUCUCUAUUAUUGGUAUGCUUGUUUAUUUUUCAAAAGAAAUGUCCUCAUAUUUUAUCAUUCCAAAAUUUUUAACUAUUGUUUUUCAUUUAUAUUUUUUUUAAAUGUUCUAUUUGGGGUUGAAAAAUAUAUAUCUAUUUAGAAUGG